UCGUCCUCUGCUGCGCGACUUCACCUUGCAAUUGCAGAUGUUGAACCCUAAAAUUCGCAUACGAAUGUGCUUCGCUUGUUGCGCUGGGAUUUGACUCGGUUCUGUGCUAUUUAUUUGUUCUAUUCUUUGCUGUCGCUUGUUCUAGUCUCUGCUGGAGGUAUUCUGUAUUCUCUUUCAUUGGUUCUAGAGGUGUUCCUGUUCGUCGGUUGUUCUAGUCUGCUGGUCGACUCAGGUUUUUUUGAACUACUGUUUCUAUUUGUUUUCGGGAGUUAAUUGUUGUGGCCUUUUAGCAUCUGAUGCAAUUGGGCAUGUCCCGGUCAUGGUUGCCAGCCAUGUGGACCCGAAAGAUGUGUCAUGGUUUCAGGUUCAGCAUCCUUUUCCGAAGUGCUUCUCCACCUAACCAAGUGCAUAAUAACCUCAAAACUCCUGAAUUCCGUUGUUUCCUUACAUAUGGAAAAAAUCAUGCCAGAAGUUCAUUAGGAUCAUCGCAUAACGGUGCAAUUGAAAAUGGCAAGGGACUUGCUUAUCCUUUUGAGGUGCUUAAAGCUGCUAAGGAAUUUUGCACAAUAGCGGAAAAUGUGGAGUUGAGUUUGAAUUCUUGCAAUAAUGAGACAACAAGUAACAUAGAUAUAGUUCAAGUUAAUUCUGAUGACAUUGUUGCUGAUAAGGGUGUAAAGUGCGGUGUAAAGAGUAUGCAGGGAAAGCCAGAGGUGGACUUCACGAAAAUUGAUAUCAAUUUGCUUCCUACCGUUCUUAUUGUUGGCCGCCCAAAUGUGGGCAAGUCUGCACUCUUCAAUCGGUUGAUUCGGAGGAGAGAGGCUCUUGUGUACAACACUCCGGCUGAUCAUGUUACUAGGGACAUAAGAGAAGGCCUUGCUAGAUUGGGUGACUUGCGAUUUAGAGUGCUGGACUCUGCUGGGUUAGAAACGGAAGCAACAUCAGGUUCUAUUCUUGAUAGAUCUGCUGGAAUGACUGCAAAUGUGUUGGCGAAGACUCAUUUUUUAAUUUUCCUUAUAGAUGUGAGAACUGGGGUGCAUCCAUUGGAUAUGGAGGUGGGCAAGUGGCUGCGCAAACAUGCACCAGGAAUCAAUCCUAUAGUCGCAAUGAAUAAAUCGGAAUCUCUUUGUGAUGGCACCUGCACCCUUGCCGCGGCUAUUGACGAAGCCCAUAUGCUAGGAUUUGGGGAUCCUAUCGCUAUAUCUGCUGAGACUGGGUUGGGUAUGACAGAACUUUAUAAAGCUCUACGGCCAUUGCUUGAGGAUUAUAUGAUCCAAGUUUUAAAUGAUAACUGUAAUCAAGAAAAAGGCUCCAGUCAGGAUGCAUCCGAUGAGACUGACGAGUCUAAGUUGCCACUGCAGUUAGCAAUUGUUGGAAGGCCGAAUGUUGGGAAGUCUACCUUGCUGAAUACUUUGCUGCAAGAAGAUCGUGUUAUGGUUGGUCCAGAAGCUGGUUUGACUAGAGAUGCAGUUAGAGCCCAAUUUGAAUUUCAAGGGAGGACUGUAUAUUUGGUUGACACUGCAGGUUGGUUGCAAAGGACAAAGCAGGAGAAAGGACCAGCAUCAUUGAGCAUAAUGCAAUCUAGAAAGAAUUUGAUGAGGGCUCACGUAGUUGCUUUAGUCCUUGAUGCUGAAGAGAUUGCAAAAUCCAGCCGUAGUAUGACGCAUGCGGAGGUUGUUAUAGCGAGGCGUGCUGUGGAAGAAGGCCGGGGUUUGGUUGUAAUUGUGAACAAGAUGGAUCUUCUAAGAGGGAAGCAGUUAAACGAGAAGGUUAGGGAGGCUGUUCCUCUGGAAAUUCGAACUGUUAUACCCCAGGUUGUAGGAUUUCCAGUUAUCUUCAUUUCAGCUUUAGAGGGCAGAGGCCGGAUAGCGGUGAUGCGUGAGGUGAUUAAUACAUACGAGAAAUGGUGUUUGAGGUUGUCUACAGCUCGUCUUAAUCGUUGGCUGCGUAAGGUUAUGAGCAGGCAUUCUUGGAAAGAUCAGGCUGUGCAACCCAAGAUCAAAUAUUUUACCCAGGUGAAGGCCCGACCGCCUACUUUUGUUGCUUUCGUGAGUGGAAAGACACGGCUCUCGGAUCCCGAGCUCAGGUUCCUUACAAAGUCUUUGAAGGAAGACUUUGACCUGGAUGGGAUUCCCAUACGAAUCUUGCAGCGGUCUAUUCUAAAAAAUACGGAGUUCAGUGGCAGCAAAAACAGCCAAUCUACAGGGAGAAAGUCUGAAACGUUGUCGUCGGACAAAAGAAAUGUCCUCGCUUAAGAAUUCAAAGAUUGAACUAGAUAAUGUAUUUUGCAUCUUUUAUAUGUUAUGUCUGAUUAACAAAAAAAGAAAAGAGAAGAAAAGAAAGGCUUGUUCAGAUGCUGAAGUUGAGUGUGAUACAUAUGGAUCAUGCGGAGCAUUCUGUUGUACGAAACGUUGAGGGUACCAGUAGCAAGAGCAUCCAAUCUACAGGUUGAAUGUCUGAAACAUUCUUCUUGUCUCAAUAAAAAGAUUAUUGAUAAUGGAGACUGGUGAAGAUUUGCAGUGUGAGAGGCUCUAUAUAUAUAUGCUGGUUCUUUUGUGGUUGCAA